GAGCGAAAUUUCCGGGACCGCGAUUUGCUAGCAAGCCCGUCCGUUCGUCCACGCUCUACCAAACCACCACGACAACCCAUCUCCGGCGCAGGAUUCGACUUCUUUGCGACCCUCACCCGACCACUCAACCCAUUCCCACCCUCAAUACCGCAGCAAUGGCUCCCCAGACCAAGAAGGUGCAGAAGCAGACGAAGAAGUUCGUCAUCAACGCUUCGCAGCCCGCCAACGACAAGAUCUUUGACGUCUCGGCCUUUGAGAAGUUCCUCCAGGACCGCAUCAAGGUCGAGGGCCGCACCAACAACCUGGGCGACAACGUCCAGAUCUCCCAGAAGGGUGACGGCAAGAUCGAGAUCAUUGCCCACAAUGACCUCUCCGGCCGCUACCUCAAGUACCUGACCAAGAAGUUCCUCAAGAAGCAGCAGCUCCGUGACUGGCUCCGCGUCGUCUCCACCUCGCGCGGUGUCUACGAGCUCAAGUUCUACAACGUCGUCAACGACGCCGACGAGGAGGACGACGAGUAAACGUGCCGCUUCCCACCUUUUUUUUUUCACGAAUUUCAUGAUUCCAAAAUUGGGGCACGGACGGCGGUGGUCAGGCGCUUGGAUGGCUUGGACAUUUGGGGAUAUAGGAAGCUACCACCUCCUCUCGCGGGGGGGUUGGCCAGCUUUUUUUGCCAAUACAACCCGUUUGAGUGGCUCAAAAUAUCG